AUGCCUGUCCAUCACCAGAAGUCAGACUCCUGGGAGAUGGACCCUGAUUCAUCCCCCGGCUGCAGGCUCAGUGACCUGAGCAGAGGGAGCAGUUUGGAGAGUCGGACCAGCAGCUCUCGUUCCCGAAGCCUCACUCUGGAUGAUGAGAGCCUGAAGUACCUCACACACGAGGAAAAGGAUGUCCUCCUAUUUUUUGAAGAGACGAUUGAUUCCCUGGAAGAUGACUUUGAGCGGCAGGUCCUGUGUGACGGUGACGCCCAGUGGCACUCUCCGAGGUCUCUGGAAGACAGCACUUCCGCUCCCUCCAAGCCAGAGGAUGUCGUGGCCUUGGUGCAGCUGGGCCCUGGAGCCGGGGAGCCCGAGAGCCUUGAGGAGGUGAAGGAGACCGCAGGGGCUGGCCCUUUUGGAAAGGAAGACACCCCUGACCUUGAUGGCAAGAUAGAGGAUGCAGAGAAGUCUCCUCCGUCAGACCCCCCAGGGCCUGAGGCCCUGCCAUCUUCCCCACCUGCCUCAACUGUAGCAGCUCCGGCCCACCCCAGGAGAGAGCCCCCCGCUCCCCCCGCAGAGCACCCCAAACUCCCCCGCUCGGUCCCUACUCCGCUCGUCAUCGCCCAGAAGAUGUCUGAGAAGCUGGCAGGGAAUGAAGGGCUUUCGCCCACAUCUCCGUCCAAAGAGGGCAGGCCUGCAGAGUGGAGGACGCUGGCUUCUCUGGCCCCUCGACACGGAGACCACUCACCGUGGCACCGACAGCCGGCGCCCAAGAUCCACCGCUUCCCGAGCAACAUCAGUGUGACCAACAGUGCGGGGAAGGACUUCAAUAAGACCAUCUCCAAGGCCGCAGUCAACGUGCAGGAGCGCAAAGCCCAGGUCCUGGCCAACAUCAACGGCGUCUCCUUCCUCUCUGUGGGGGAGACGGAGGACCGGGCCCAGAGGGGCGAGCCCAUCGAGCAGAGAAGCGUCUCUCCCGAGCAGAGCCAGCCAGGCCCGGCCCAGGAGGCUGUCCCCACGCGGGCUGGGGCCCGCGGCGCCCAGCAGUCCAGAGGCGUGCAGACAGAACAGCCCCUACCGCUGGCCAACGGCUUCCAGAGCAUUCACGACGUCCUCAAGAGCCAGGCCGGGCCCUUCAUCUCCACCGGGAAGACGGUGACCUUCCGUCCGGACCCGGCCCUCCCCAGCAGACUUGCACCCCAGCAGCCGGACUGCGGACAGGCGGCCAGGAAGCAGUCGGGCUCGCUCCCCAGGGCUGUGGGGUUCAGACCCCAGGGUAUCACUGUCCAGUUCUCGGGCCGGGGCUCCACGGAAGAGGCCCGCCGGGAGGCCCUGAGGAAGCUCGGCCUCCUGAAGGAGAACUUAUGA